CUGAUGAAGAUGAAGAUGGGAUUGAAAAAAUAAUAUUUAUACCAGACGAAAAUUGAUUAUGAACAAUAAUUAUCAUAAACUCCACUAUAAGUCUCUUUUAUAUAAUUAGGCGUUUAGUGUAAUUUAACAUGAGUUAUUAUUAUGGAAAUAUAACCAGUAUAACAAACGUGAAUAUGAUGUGAAUGCUGCACUGGUCACCAUGAAAAAGUUAUUUUCUAAAAUCGAGACCAAAAUCGACAAUACUUCUAGAGAAGGAAAUAGUUAUGUAGGGAAAUCUUUCACUAUUGGAAGGCAAACUGUUAUUGUUGAAGAUAUCCUGGCAGAAGGUGGAUUUGCAAUUGUCUAUUCAGUUAAAUCUAGCAAUGGUUGCAGAUAUGCCCUCAAGAGAAUGUAUGUUAAUAAUGAACAAGAUCUCAAUGUGGCAAAACGUGAAAUUCAGAUAGCAAGUAGUUUAAAUGGGCACAAGAACAUCAUUGGAUAUGUAGACUCGAGUAUCACAUCUACCGGAGGAGGAGUCUAUGAGGUAUUGUUGUUGAUGCCCUACUGUCAAGAAAAUGUAUUCGGUUUGAUGAAGUCUCGGGGAAAGGCAAACUUUCUGGAAAGUGAAGUAUUGACGAUAUUCUGUGAUAUUUGUGAGGCAGUGUCACGACUACAUCAUUGUAAGACCCCUAUAAUUCAUCGUGAUUUGAAAGUAGAAAAUAUUCUUGUCAAUGAAAAUGGAAACUAUGUAUUGUGUGACUUUGGUUCGGCUACAGCCAGGGUACUGAAUCCUUCAGAAAAGGGUGCUUCUGCAGUAGAGGAAGAGAUCAAGCGAUAUACAACACUAAGUUAUAGAUCACCAGAAAUGGUAGAUAUGUAUUGUGGCAAACCAAUUUCUACAAAGGCUGAUAUAUGGGCCCUUGGUUGCCUCCUGUAUAAGUUAUGCUUCUUCACCUUGCCAUUUGGUGAGAGCACCCUGGCAAUACAGAGCGGAAAUUUCAACAUUCCAGAUAAUUCCCAUUAUUCUAGAGAUUUACAUAAAUUAAUAAGAUACAUGUUAGAGCCUGAUACAGACAAAAGGCCCGAUAUUUAUCAAGUCAGUUGUAUAGCGUUCCAAUUACAUGGCCGAGAUAAUCCUGUAAAGAAUCUAAUGAAAUCCCCAACGCCUAACUUAGAUGAUAUUCCAAUGCCUUUGUUUGAAUCAGAGCAGAAAAAGGCACAGCAGGCGAAAGUAGUAACCAAAACAUCUGUAACUUCUUCAGUGGAGGGAGGCACAAGUGUCAUGCCACGACAGCGUCCAAAAGGAAGUUCGGCAGCUCCUCCUCUCAACCUUGCAAAUAUUCCUCUGAACAUUUGUCCUAGUCCCACCCUUGCGAAAAAAUCCCAAAGUCCUAUUGUGCAACAAAAUUUUCAAGGUAAUCUUCCUUAUACUCCGACGUUUCCUGCUAAUAUUAAUACUGAAAAUUCAAAUUUUUCUCCUAGUUUCUUUCCCACCCCCGACUUAGCACAACCACAGUUAGAAUCACUUUUCCAGUCUUCCGUUUAUCCCGAUCCUUUCCGAGAUGACACCUCUGCUUCACCUACUGUAUCGAAUUCAGAAUUGAACAAUGAAAACAAGAUGGAUAAUUUCACAAACCAGGCACCUAGUAGCCUCCCAGUGAAUGUGGUGUCUCCAGUAACAUCUGAAAAUCCUCUGUUUGGUUCUGGUAAUAUAAGCCAAGUAGGAUCUAUGCAGAUGAAACCUGGUUUGACAGAGUCCAGCAAUGCCAUUAGGGGCGAUUCACCAACACCUUCACCUACCCUUUCAGUUCCCAAGGGGCACAGAAGAAAUAUGAGCGAUACUACAGCUUUCAAUAAAGCAUAUGCGACAGAAACCUCGCAGUUUCUUGCCCCAUUUGAGUCGUCUAUCAAAUCGCGAAGCAACAACUCUCCCACAGAAGACGAAACCACCACCAAUAGAAUACUAGCGCCGAUGGGAACUUCUGCUUCUACCACAGACAUCGUCCAUGCAAUUGGACCAGAUAGUAGGUCACUUUCGGCCGAUGUCGCCGAUUGGAAUCCCUUUGGAGAGGCGCCUUUCAUUCAUAUGACAGAGGAUCAUAUAUUUGGAGCCGAAUUUGAUAAGAUUAGGGGAGGAAGCGGAAGUAGUAUGAAAUCAAAAGAAAGUUUAGCUACUUUGGUAUCAGAAGACCCAUUUGGAAGUGCUCCGUUUAGCCUUCCUACUAGGACUCGUAGUGACAGAACCCAUAAAGGACCACAUUCUUCAGCUAAAGGAAUCUCUAAAAAACCAGCAACAGAACCAUUAUUGGAAGAAAAUUUAUACGAUUCUUCUCCAGAUCAAAAUGUAACUUUGUCUGAGGGUGAAGCGCUCAUCAAUACAGAAACCGAAAGUGAUCAACCUAUUUCUCCACCCUACGUCAAAGCACCGCUCGAAGACCGGUCAAAAUAUGAGAAAUUGACUAAAGGUGCAUUUGACAUUACUUCAAAUAGCAGCUCUGGCGAAGAAAUUGAUGGAAACUUGAUAACAAAAAAGAAAAAGAAGAUAAACAUUCCCGAGAAACUACAAUCUGUUUACAAAACCGUAGAAAUACCAAUUAAAAAUCUGAGAUCUGAUCGUAAUAAAGAUAAGAAAAAAACAAAUACAAAGAACAAGGAGUCCACCAAUGUUGAUUCUGAUGACUCUAUCGGCUCAGCCAGUGACUUGAGAAUCGAUGAAGAUGAUGUCCCCGCUGUUAAAGAAGAUUUAAUUAGUGAGACAAUUAGUGAAAGCAUAAAAACAUGUGGUUCAUCUGCUUACCAUGCAGAAUGUGAAAGUAUGGCAACUCAAGAAGAGGACUUUACCAGUAGAAUAAUUAGAACCAAGCAGCGGACGCAAACUAAAAUUCAAUCUGAAGAUAUGUUAUUCGUGGGCCAUCAAUAUGGGGAAAAACCUUUACUAUUCGAUGACGAAUUAGACUCGGACUAUGAGGCUAAGAAUACACAUAAAUGGAUCUCUAAUGAUACUCAAGAAUCGAACGAUGCUGAUGUUUGGAUGUCGCCCUCUAGAUUUGUGGACCAUAAUGAUAUUUUUGCAAAAGCACCUUUCGGCAAAUAUAAGCCAAAAAAUAAGGGAGUAAUUAUAGGUAAUGUAAAAGAUGAUAUUGUGAUAACUAGUAAAACCGUUGAUCACGGAAACAAACGUAUUAAUGGUUCUACUAAAGAUAUCUCCAAGUGCAACAAAAAUCAAACUGUUACCACUGCGAAUUCAAACCCAUUUUUGAGUUUGGAAUGCUUGCCAAUUUCUGUACCAAAUUCUGCGACUGUAAUUAAAAAUCCUAGUCAAUCUGUAGAGUAUGGUAAUGAAAGAUUUGAAACAAACUUUAGCGAAAUGCCGUUACCUGAUCCCAUUAAUGAAAUGGAGGCUUACGGAAAUAUUAUCAUACCUGAAAAGAGCACACCUUUCAUAGAUCUGGCUGUACCAAAAGAAAUUUCUGAUAAAAAAAUUAGUGGUUCUCAUAGUAACACAUCUGGUUCGUGUAGCAAUCUCACACGGAAUUUCACUAGUGAUAAUAAUUUGAAUCAUAAGGAAGUGACUCAAAAAACUAAAAAAGAGAAGAAGGACAAAGAUCAAAAAUCAAAGUAUUGUCUUAUAGAUGAUAGUAUUUCUGAUGAUGGUCCGAGCUUCUUAGCAAAACCGGUAAAAAUAUCAAGAUCUUCAAAGGGAAGUGGCAAAGUUAAAAGGUCUUCACUUAAAGUAAAAGUGGAUGGAGGAUUUAGUAAUUUGAGCUUCGAAGAUUUUCCAUCUGAUGAUCGAGAAGUUAUCGAAAGUUCUAUAGUACCUUUUGAAGUGCUGAGAAGUCCUGAACAAGAACAAAAAAGUUUUGGAGCAAAGAGAAUCGGUAAUCCAUUUUCCUAAUAAUUGAGAUGUAUAUAGUAUUUUUCCUAGUAUUACCUACCUGAAUUAAUUCAUGGCUGUCUAGAAAUUAAAAUUCGAAUCGAAAUAAUUGACAUUGGUAUAUAGUGCUCAUAGUAUAUGAUCCAUUUAUCCUGCUGGUGAAGU